GCAGCUAGGCGUUCAUCAGUAUUUAAAACCUCCGUUAGCUGACAUCGAAAGCGAUAGCUGUAAUCGAAUCCGAAUUUACCACUUUUAAAACGAAGACAUUUUUGUAAGCCAUCAUGGAGACGCCACCCACGCCCACCAUGACCACCCCACCAUCAUUGACAACUGAGGGCACCAUGGACGACAUCCAGUACUUGCUGCACCUAGAGGCGAUGCGCCGUUUCCAGGAAGACGGCCGCAAUGUAAAGCGCCAGGUGGAGGAGCAAGUGCGCAUUUGGCUGGACGCCAAGUGUGAAUAUCAGCGGGAAUUUGGGCGGCUGGCUAAGCUCCUUAAGUGCGGAGCGCUGCAGGCAACCGUGGAUGCCCAUCGUGUAUCUGAUGUCAAACAACUCAGCCAGGCGGCCAAGGAUGUCGCUAGUCUGCAAUCCAAACUAUGCAGUGCUCUACGUCCCGCCAUUUUGGACUCCUACGAUGUGGAACAGUGCUUGGAGCAGCUUAACACCACCCACAAACCGCGGUUAAAUCUCUGCCGGCAGCAACGUGAGUUCGCCCAGAACCAGGAAGCUCUAAGGAGUUUGCGUACCGCAGUCGAUGGAUUAGAGAAUGGUAUGGAGAUGGGCAUGAUUCAGGCAAUGGACCGCCUUGUGGAGGACCUCCUCCCAUCGCGGGAAACAAACCACUAGUCGGUCGUCUCAAAAGUAUAUAUGGUUUUGGGAUAUAAACUAGUUUAUAACAAUAAAAACGGAGACUUGCGAAUUACAA